AUGUCCCCUCGAGCAGAUCCAGGCCUCUACAUCCGCGAUGGCUCUACACCACCUGGAAACCUGUCUGGUGCACUGGGUAUGCGUCACUGGCAGCAUUCGGCACUGAAUCACUCGCCUCCCUUUGCCAUGCUCUCACCGAACAGCAAACCAUCGCUUGCUAGGCAAAGAGAUCACUCGGCUUGCAGGAGGACUGACUCGCCACUGAAAGUUCGCAAGACGCGGGAAAACUUGAAGCAAACAAGCAGUAUAUCCGCUGAUGUCGCGCCACCAUGUGUGCAUUCUGGGAAUGAUGGUAGUUGCUUGUCGCCAGGGUGUGGCUCACCACCAGUUCCACCUCCGCCGAUGUCGAGCAGCAUCACCUCGCCUGUCCCGUUUGACUCGGGCACUACUUUGACGGCGAAUCCCAAUGAUGACCGCCCAACCGCUAUCUCGACUCCAGGCAAGAUGCUGAGGCACAAGUCUGUCAGCAGACGCAUGCUUUCGAAGGUGAAGGAAGGGAUAUCGAAUCGAUCGCGCAGUUCACAUUCCGUGAGGAAUACAGAACCAGAGCCAGGCCUCAUCCGACGCAUCUCGAAUCGGCGAAAGCAAAGUUCUGAAGAGCAACACCGCUUGAGAAGUUUUGAAGUCUCCAGAGACAGCAUCGAGAGUCAGGAUGUGGAUGUAGAUACGUCUGCGUCGCAGCGGUCUUUUACCGAUUCGAGUAUCUCGACUGAUGAGCUUAUGGCAAGUGGAACGCUGAUGACACCUCCUUCGAUGGCAUCGAAUUCAAGGCCUAUUCCAGAUCACCAGUUCUCAGAUCGACUGCUAUCACCUUCACCUACACCACACUCACCGACGCCAGAUCCAACGCCACGUCCCCAUUCGAGGUAUAUGAGUCUGGCAGUGGACAAGGACAUAACUGAUGUACAGGCGACGGUGCCGUACAUGGACCUGAAGAUCUCACUCGAUCGCGACUCUGUUAAUGUCGGUCUGGCGAGAGAUGUAUGGGUUUCCAUUGAGGCAACUGUGCGCACGAAAUCUGUCGAAGCGAAUUCUUCUUCAACAUACUCAUCCACGUUGCGAAGUCGGCCAUUGGAUGCUAUCAUUGUCAUCGAUCAGAGCGUGUCGACCACUGCUGGCAGUGUUGCACAUCAAUGCAUCGUGGAACUUUGCUCGAGGCAAGAUAUACCUGGCGACAAACUGGCUGUGUUAUUCGCAAGGCAACAGAGUAACGCUGCGGGCUGUGAAUACGCGCUAUUGCAUGCUCUGAUGCCUCCAAGCACGGCGUUGGUCUUGGAGAGGCUUGGCCUGGUCCCUUCGACGACUGGAGACGAUCCCACAGAUGGCAUACUUGAACAUCAAUUCCAGCCAAUGCAACAGCUCUUUGGAGCCUUCCUGAACCAAGGCCUCCAGCACGAAAACGUCCACGUCUUCGUCGUUUCAAGAGCCCCGUCAUCGCUCGUGCAGUCGAUUGGCAGCAUGGUCAACUGGCCAGUCCACACUCUCAAGAUCGAGCUGGGCGCGGACGAGAAUGCAUCGAACGUCGUGCCAGCUCGGUACAAUUGGGCGUUGGAUUUCAGGGGCACGGCAGACUUCAACGCCGACUUGAUCGACAACAUGUUCAGAGACCUUCGCCAUGGCUGUUCGCUUGGCAGUGUCACGAGUCUUCGUCUCUGCUUCAAACCCCUGGAACGCUGUCGAAUCUUAGAAGUCAUCGGCCAGAAGGCUGUCAAGGACUUGAGAUUUGGCCAGCGCACGUCACUGUUCCUCAAAGUUCACGUUCCGCGACUGCAGCAGGCAUCUGAGUCUGCGGUCGCAGAGAAGAUGAGUGAUUCAGAUUCAUUGUUCGUCGAGUUGGAGAGUAUGCUUGGCACGCUUGAGUCCAACUUCCUUCAUGUCGAAGCUCGAUAUCGACACACUGCCCUGCCGACCGAGAAUGUUGUCACAGUUCGGGAGAUUUGCACCAUCAAGCGACCCAAGACUGACUCGAGAUGGAGUAUCGUGGGCGACGCCACGACCUUCGCCAUGCAAUCUGGCGUUCACACGAAGCUCGCUCAUUUCCUCGCCACGUACUACGCUCCAAAUCGAGCUUUGAAGAUGAUCGAUCGAUGGACACUGCAACAGUCUACAGCCGCUGCCGCUGUACAGCAAGUCCGGCGCUUUCUUGAAGGUCAUUCGAAGAAAGACAGCCAGCAGGAAGAGGAGUCGUGGACAGCUACAUCCUCAAGUGGCGACAAGCCAUCAGUCGUGAUCACGGAUAUCGAUACUAUGACAAACAGCUCAACACAGAUCUCCUCGACUUCCCAACUCCACCAACCACCAACAACACUCCCCACCCCUCUCCCACCGACAACAACAACAACCCCCAAACUCCCCACCUCCCCCUCAACCACCACAAUCCUCACCGCCCCGAAAACAACCACCGCCCUCACCCCCUCCCUCGCCUCAAGCGAAGAAGACUCCGCGCGCCAACUCUGGCACCACCUCCGCCGCAACUCGCAAUCCGCCUCUCAGAUGUUGCAGCUCUCCUCGCCGGAGCAACUCGAGGCGAGCGAUGAGUCUGGGAUGGUCAGGAUGUUGAGGCAGAGGGCGCUGGUGAAUAAGAGGAGUGUGGGCGCGGAGACGUUGAGGGGGUGGCGGUGGGAGGGGAGUGUGAGUGGGGGUGGGGAGGCGCCUUGGUUGUGA